AUGCUGAGAUACACACAUAUUCCUGUUUCAUCUUUAUUCCUUUGGGGUUUUUUUUCUGUCAAUUUUUCUUUUUAUUUGUGUGCUUCUUCAAUUUUAUCUUACGUUUUUCUUUCUUUAUUUUUUUCUUCCUUUAUUUUUCUUUCUUCUUUUUAUCAUUAUUGCUUUUUUUCUGUUUCUUCUUUUCCAUUUGCUUUUUCUUUCUUUUUGUUUUCUUUUUGUUUCUUUCUUACUUUCUGUUCUUUUUUUUUCUUCUUUUUUUUCUUUCUUUCAUUUUCAUUCUGUUUACCUUUCUUUUUACAUUUUCUUUCAUUCCUUUGGUUUAUUCUUUCUCCUUUUCAUUUUCUUUGUCUCUCCUUGUUGUCUUUCUUUCUUUUCAUAUUUCAUUCCUUUUCUUUUUCUUUUUCUUUUUUUUUUAAUUUCUUUUACCUUUUUUUUAUUUUUGUUGCUUUUUUUUUUUUUUUUUUUUUUGUUUCUUCUUUUUUUUUUCCUUCCUUUAUUUUUUACUUCUUUUUUCUUUUCUUUCUUUCUUUUUUUCUUUCUUUAACUACCCCCUCUUUCUUAUUCACUAUAACCAUCUCCUCCCACUUUUCCAUUUCUCCUUUGUGUUUUCAUCUUCCCCCAAACUUCAUUCUACUCUCCCUUGAUAUUUUUUCAUUUAUUUUUGCUUUUCUCUUUUCCCACUCCCUUUCAACAGCCUCCCCCUCCUCUUCUUCCUUUUCUCCUACCCCUAGUUCUUUUAUUGAUCUCCUCCUCCUUCUCUUCAUUCUCUCCUCUUCUUUCUGCAUUUUCUUCUACUCCAUCUUUUUCUCUAACCUUUUUCUUUUCCUUCUUCUUAUUCUGACAACUCUUUCUCUUUCUCUUCUUUCUUUUGCAUCUUAUUUCCAAAUCUUACAUCUUCUUCGAUGGUUCAACGACUUUUCCUCACCUUUAUUUUGUCUUGCUAACCAACUUCUAUUAACCUGCUCAUUCUUCUACUCACAAGUCUACUUUUCUUCCCACACUUCAUUUUUUCCUGCCCAAAACUUUCUUUCAUUUUUAUCUAUCUAUCUAUCUAUCUAUCUAUCUAUCUAUCUAUCUAUCUAUCUAUCUAUGUUCUUCUUCAUACCUAUCUAUCUAUCUAUCUUAGUCUGUUCAUAUCUAUUUAUCUCAGUAUCUAUCUAUCUAUCUAUCUAUCUAUCUAUCUAUCUAUCUAUCUAUCUGUCUGUUGAAUCUAUCUAUCUAUCUAUCUAUCUAUCUAUCUAUCUAUCUAUCUAUCUAUCUGUCUGUCGAAGUAUCUAUCUAUCUAUCUAUCUAUCUAUCUUAGUCUGUUCAUAUCUAUCUAUUUAUCAGUGUCUAUCUAUCUCUUUAUCUGUCACAGUCUCUAUCUAUCUAUCUAUCUAUCUAUCUAUCUAUCUGUCUGUCUGUCACAGUCUCUAUCUAUCUAUCUAUCUAUCUAUCUAUCUAUCUAUCUAUCUAUCUAUCUAUCUAUCUAUCUUAGUCUGUUCAUAUCUAUAUUUAUCACAGUGUCUAUCUAUUUAUCUUUCUAUCUAUCUGUCUGUCACAGUAUCUAUCUAUCUAUCUUUAUCUAUCUAUCUAUCUAUCUAUCUAUCUAUCUAUCUAAUAUCUAUCUAUCUAUCUAAGUCUGUUCAUAUCUAUCUAUCUAUCUAUCUAUCUAUCUAUCUAUCUAUCUAUCUAUCUAUCUAUCUAUCACAGUCUGUAUCUAGCUAUAUAUCUAUCACAGUAUCUAUCACACCAAGUGUCUGCCUAAACCAGUUCUACAUCAUCAACAUUUAUUCUUUGAUCCAUUUCUAUUUCUAUGGAGGAAUCGCAAAGCCUGUUACAUAA